UCCUUUGCUCAUUUCAGGAAAUUCGAAACUGCGUCCCGACUUACAUAUAAGUUCAAGAAAAUGGUUUUGAACUGCUUCAAGUUGAUCUUUCGUCUUUCUCUGCAGGACAGAGUGGGGUCUGAAUUAGUUUGCAGUGCUUGGCUUCCCCUCGUUGCUAUUCCUUUGCAUAUCUUGUCAGUCUUUCUGGCCAUCACUUAGCCCGCCAUGCCUCCUUUAGGCUCUUCUGUUCUGUGCCUCCUUCCCCUUCUCAUCUCAAUUUUGUUCGCACAUGCUGCGCCGCUACCGAUUCCACCUGAGGAUCAAAUGAGGAUAACAUUGCUGGGUACUACGAAAGAAUACAGUAAAGACAAUAUUGUCAUGAAAAAGCUGAACGUACCCGUUGGUAAUAAUGACAUGGGUGAAGUCAAAGCCCUAAAAGAUGUUGGUCUGUAUGUCGACUCAGGGUUUGCUCGCAUUGGGCCCCAUGACGGACAAGUUCCGGUCAUCUUGAUGAAGAAAGUUGUGGGGGUUGUCAUGUUGGAGACUGUCGAGUUCAAGGAUGCUAAUCGUGAGCAAAAGCUUGAGUUGUUAGAAGAGGCAAAACCACUUGUGCGGAAGCAGGUUGUUCACUGGGCAGUGACGAAACAGCUUCUUCAUGCUGAAUUCAAUAUUGGCAACUUCCUUGUGGGAGGAACGCAGACCUUGAUACAUGUCUCUUUAAAUGAACCCAUAACAGAGGCUCAACUUCUUGAUUUUGGGUAUCCUGGGAUAUUCAAAGUGAGGAAAGGCGUAACAGAAAAAGAAGUCAGUGAUUGGUUUGAAUUGCAGUGGCAGGUAUGCACAAAGUACGGUUAUAAAAAGAUGUUAGAAAUAGAGAUGGCAAGGGAGAAGUCCAAGCCUUGAAUAUUCUUCAUUGUUGACUCCUCAGCUGCAG